AUGCAGCGUUACAUGCUGCGCAGAAUCAUCAACCUAAUUCCGGUGUUGGUGCUCAUCAGUAUCGUGGUGUUCUCCACGGUCAGGGUCUUGCCGGGCGACCCCGCGCGCCUGCUUGCCGCCAUCGAUGAGACGGGCUUCGUUGAUCCCGAAGUGCUCGCCGCGGUAGAGAAACGCUACGGUCUGGACAAGCCUGUCGUCACGCAGUACUUCGAAUGGGUCUGGGGCGUAAUGCGUGGCGACUGGGGCGUGUCGCUUAUAAGCAGUCAGGAUGUAUUCCCGCAGAUACGCAGCCGCCUGAGCUUCACGGCGCAGCUUGCCGGGCUGUCGUGGCUGCUCUCGAUGGCAAUAGGCAUUCCGAUGGGAGUAAUAUCGGCGCUCAAACGUAACUCCAUACGAGACAUUGCCGUGACGAGCUUCGCGGUGUCGGGCAUUGCCCUGCCCAACUUCUGGCUGGGCAUGCUGAUGAUUAUCUUCUUCGGCGUGUGGUUAGGCUGGCUGCCAACGGGCGGCUACACCAGCUUCCAGGACAGUCCGAUUGACUGGGCGCGCAAGAUGAUUUUGCCCACGAUAACGCUUGGCACGGCGUUAUCGGCGGUCACGAUGCGGCAGAUGCGCGCCGCUUUGCUUGAGGUAAUGCGCGAGGACUACAUUCGCACGGCGCGCGCGAAGGGUUUGAUGGAGAGCAGGGUCGUGCUGCUGCACGCGAUGAAAAACUCGCUGCUGCCGGUCAUUACGCUGUCCACAUUGCAGCUCGGAACGCUGGUCGGCGGAACAGUGGUGACGGAGACAGUCUUCUUCCUGCCUGGCAUCGGAAAGUUCAUCGUGGACGCGGUAAUAGCGAAAGACUUCCUCGUGGUGCAGAUGGGGCUGAUGAUUCUGACGCUGGGAGUGCUGGUAGCCAAUCUGAUCGCAGACGUGUCUUACGCAUUUUUGGAUCCGCGCAUACGAUUCGACUGA